AUGAAGGGGCAGGUGUUAGGAGCUGAGCUGCUGAGAGGUAACCCGUCCCGGGGCAUGCUCGCUGGAGGUUGGGAGGGAUUCUUUGGGUGCAAUAAUGUGGUGUCCCUUAAGUUGGCUCCAGGUGUAAUUAAUGUCUUCAAAACGGGCGAAUUAUGCAUCUGUGCAGUUGGCUGUGCGUUGCUUACCGAUAGGAAUGUGUCCAUCAUUGGUGUAUGCAAGUGUCCUUUGCAUGAGUGGCUUUGUCAAACUCAUGCCUGCUUGGGCACUGGGAUAGCACUGACGCUACAGGUGCAGAGAUCAGCAGGGCUUGUGUGA